AUGCUGUCGGUAACAGCAGUUACCCAGGAUCGACUGUAUAAGGCGAAUGUGCAUGGGUCUGCACCAAGUCUUCCAUUUCUUCCGAAUAAGUCACCUCAGACAGCAAAACAAGCUUUCAAAACCCAAAAACUUUUAUCUGAUCUCAACUCUGAGUUUCUUAAUAACUCAAUAGCCACUAGGCGUCAUUCCAUAGAGACUAAGCUGCAAACUGAAUCAUUCAUGACAGCUACAGAACCAAAGAUUUCUUUAUAUCAACACCAAACUGACGCCAAUCGAAAGACUUUAGCCAAUAUUGAGCAAAGGCUAAACUCCAUGUGCGCUGAAACGCUCACCCACAUCAAAAGGAAGCGCACAGACUUAGAUUUGGGCCAAACAGUGAUUACAAACAAAGUCAAAACAGAGUUUGAGAACAUAACAGAUCUAGUUUCGAAACAAGUGAAGCGAACAGAUUGGAUUAACGGUAUCACCCAAACGAAAACAACAGAAACAAUUCAAUCGGUAGGAGAUUUGAAGCAAAAAUCAGAUGAUGUAUCGAUGAACGCAGAGAAAAUCUUCGAGAAUGCACGUGGUAAAAUCAAAACAUUACGUCCAAGGUUCGUAAAUGCUGAUUUGAAAGUUCAAGAACUCGAAUCUACUGUUCAGUCGAUUUUAGCUCAAUACAGAGAAUUCCAACGUAUGAUGGAACAGCUGAAGAACGCCAAUCGCAUGCUGAAAUACUUAAGAGACGAAGGCGUGAACAACAUGGUUUCUGAGCAUUAUCAAAGGCUAAUUGCUCAUCUGAGUGAGCAGUCCAUCGCGUUUGAUAAAAAGAUGGGAAAAAAUGACAUGAACGCGGCUGCUGCUGAAGAAAAAACGAAAAUGCAACAAUCUGAAGUUAUUUCAACGAAUGAACAACUCGACAAACUAGCGAAAGCAUUACAAGACAAUGAAUCGAAGAUUGCUUCAUUUGAUGGUACAUCAGAUGAGAAUAUUCAAUACGUUGUCAACAAAUUAAAUCAAAUUGUUACUCAAUUGAAGGAUGAGAUAAAGAAACAGCGUACAGAAAUACACCAUCAAAAAUGGCUGAAGGUAAGAGUAGUAAAUAGGCAGUUAAACACGGUUUCUAAAUCUGCUCAGUUAAAUCUCGAAAAAUUAUCGGACGAUUGGACUGAGUUCAAAACCAAUAACGUAGCAAUACAGAAAGAUGUCGAUAAAUACAUUGAAAAUAUAAACAAAACCUCUGGUGGAUCAAUAGAUCAAAUUUCUGCCAGAGUUGACUUAGCGGCAGCUCGUAUUGCAUGGUGUCAGAAGCGAUUUUUACAAUGGGCAAGAAAUGGAGCCGAUAAUAGCGUUGCUUUGCAAAAAAUUAUCGAAGCUGAGAAAAAUCUUUCGAAAUUGGAACAAAGCCUUCAAAGGUUGGACCGCCAGAAGGCAUCUACACCUCCAUACCAAGUAGUCCAAGAGAAUCCAAACUACAUAAAGGACCCUGUUCCAUUGCCUGGAACAUCUGGCCAGGAUGAAUCCAACGAAAUGCCAAACAAGCGGCUUACUUACAGCCAGGAAGAUAUGGAGAAGCCACUGAUUGAAGCCGAUCCAGAUCCGUUCGAAGAAGAAGAUUUUGUUGAUAAUGAAGAAGAGCCAAACAUCUUUUCCUUUAUGCAUCAUGAUCCGAAACAGGAAGAAAAUAACUAUCCAGACCUCAACGAAGAAGAAAAACCAAAACCAAAUCCGAAAUCAGAAGAAAAACCGAAGAAAGAACCGAAAUCAGAAGAAAAACAGAAACCUGAACAGAAAGACCGUCAAUUACCACUUAAAAAGAACCUCACUGAAUCAGAUUUCGUAAAACCCAAAGAAAAACCACAAGAAAAACGUCCUCUUUCACAAGAACAAAAGCCAAGUUUUUAA